AUGGCAUUUCAGAAAAUCCUGGCUUUUAUUGGCAUAAUUUUACUUGUAAGAAUUUUUCUCGGAAAACAUAUAACUAUACACGACUCGUAAUUUAUAUCUUCCACAAAAACAGUUUGUACUGACAAAAAAAAUAACGGUCAAAAGGCGGAAUGUUGAAAAUACUAAGCGAUUGCAUACGCACCUCAUUCAAUGUAAUUAUACAGAACAUGAUUCAAUAAGACUUGACACACAAUAUGCUUCAAGUGAUUUGGAAACCAGAAUAUUAAGCACAUAAAUAGAGCAAGUGGUUCCAGUAACAAAGUGUUCCUCUUUUUUCAGGGAGUAGCAAUAGCUGACGAUGACAGACUGAUCAAACGCGAUAUAAACGUUUAUCGUUCACAAGUCAAGAUAACUGCGUACAAUGCACAUGGACAGGUACGUAUUUCUUUUAAUGAUAAUAUAUUUAGUGCUUUCCCAGUUUAAGAGAUAAAAAGCCAAAUUACUUUUCGUUUGAUUUAUAACUGUAAAACUAGAGAAGAAAACAGCUAAAGUGCGACUCAGUUUUGCAGCAUAUCCAGCAUAUCAUACUGUAAUAGAAAUUUUCCGCAGAGCAAAGCUCAGUUUUCUUUAAGUGUAUCUUAAUACUGAAGAAAGACUUAUUUUUUGUUUCUUCUAGGUUAAGGUCGUCGCCACCAACGAAACCGAACAGAAGCCAAAUUCAUUCCGCCCAACUUCCUGCAUUGAUUAUCUGCGCCGUGGGAUCUCUGAAAGUGGCAGAUACAAACUUUACGACCAGAGUGGAAAGAGUUACACCGCUUAUUGUGACAUGAAGUCCGAAUUAAACACAGCAUGGACAAUGGUGAUGUCAUGGUGUACCACAAAUCGAAAGCUCCCAGCGUUUGUGAAAAUCCCCUUCAAGUACAACUCCCCUCAAAACGAGGACGCCCUCAACUGGGAUCUUUACCGCUUAAGUCUGGCGCGAAUGAGAUUCUUACAGGGCCAGUCGACUCACUGGCGAGCAACAUGCAGCUACCCGAUAAAAGGUAUUGAUUUUAGAGAUUACCUUCGGGGAAACUUCAAAGACUUCAACAUCUUUGAUUUCACUGGAGGCAAGUGCAAGAAAGUGGAAUACGUCAACAUCCGGGGACACGUGGGCACGGAUCUGACGGCGCCUUUCUGGCAGAGUCUUAAUAAAUGGACUCUGCAUAUUGACAGUACCCACACCCACUGUCAGUUUAAGGCGGCUAGGUCUGGUGCAGUGUCAAGUGAAGACAACUUUGGUUGGUAUGGAGAUGGCCUCAGCACUAAAUUCCGAUGCACGGAAACAGCCGAAUCCACCACCCAGUAUUGGUUUGGUGCUCACCGCUAA